AUGAUUGGUUUUUCCUUUAAUUUUAAGCAUGUAUUGCUCAUGACUCUUCUUUCAGAAGCAGUGCAUGCACAAAUUGAUAUUACAAGAGACGUGACAUAUACCGAUUUAACAAUUGCAGACACAAUAGUUGUCCAAGCAGGGGCUGGUGUCACCUAUUUGGGAGGCGAGAGUGAUAUUACCAUGGAGCCUAGUGCAUAUAUAGUCAAUACUGGUGUCUUUUGUGCCGGUAUGAUUAGUUCAGUGGAUAUUUUGGGAGGUGAUCUUUACAACGGUGGACAAAUGUUUAUUACCAGUAACACAGAUGCGGUACCACGUGACCUCGUUUUGGAGAAGCUUAUAAACUCUGAUUACAUGAGUUUUGCCUUAUCAGCUAAUUCGUCUUUGGCAGUAAAUGGUCCCUCACAAAAUGGAGGUCUUGUCGAAAUUGAUGCAAGUAGACUUACCUUGACCGCUUCCAACUUUGUCAACGGUGGGGUUAUCACAUUAGACCCAAUCACUGUCGACAUAUCAAUGAACAUAACUGGUAAAGGUUGUAUUUAUGUUAAUGCAUCCAAACCAUCUGUUUCCGUUGAUCUUUCCAAAGGUUUUGAUCAAACUUUGUAUUUCGCCAAUGCAAGCCCACUUAUGUUAUUUUACGGCUCACAAGCUUCAACAAAUAUUCCGAUUAUAAGAGGUUUAAGUUCUUCCGCUCCAACAGUUGUUAAUGUUGGUCCAAUAACUGACGAUUCUGCCCUUUCAUCCACUGAUGUUGAAUAUGAUUCAACGGGAGGUAUACUGAAUAUUACAAACACAGCAGGAACCUACUUGCUUGAUAUUGGAACCGGAUAUGAUGCCUCUUUAAUGUUUAUGGCAUUCUGUACUUCUUCAGAUUUUGGUGCAAGGGUAUGUGUAUAUUUGAAUUCAGCUCCUACACAAGCACUACCUUCUAGUUGUGAAGUAGCGGUUGCACCUCAUCAAGACCGGGAUGCCAUUUGUCCACCUGCUCCACCUCCAUUGCCCCCAGCAACUACAUUAAUUGCACCAUACGAUUCUAGUAACGUCACCAGAGUUAUCGAAUAUUAUACCACUGUAGAUUCAGGUAGCUUACCCAUUACGACAAAGACAACAACAUAUGGUAUCCCCAGUUUUACGGAACCCAUGGAUUACAACACGACAAUGACAAACUCUGAUGUUUUGAUUGUAGAAGAUGUGAUAUAUGGAGCCACAACAGGAACAAUUUCAGGAAUGCCCGAGCUAACCACUCUUUCCUUUAUUGAUACCACUACAAAGACGUAUACAUACACACUCACACAUUCAUCCACAUUUACUAUCCCACCUCCUUACACAACGACAUUUACUAGCGAUAAUAUGACUGUUUCAGGAGUGGUUUCUUACUAUUCCACGGAUUCAGACAGUCAACCAGCUACGGGGACUACCACCUUGAUAGAUACAGUGACGUCCUACGUGACGGUUACAAUGACAGAAUACGAGGGUGGGACAAUCGACUUAACAAGUUAUCAUUAUACUACAGGUACUUGGGAAAGUACGGUCACAUUUUCCAGUGAUGUGGAGACGUACGUGAUUAGAAUGUCCUCUACGUCGUUAUUGUCUCCGCAACCUACAAGCCAGGGAUAG